AUCGCAGAUGAAAUUAUGGUAAAUAGUAAAGCGUUGGCACAUUGUGUUGCAGUGUUUAACAAUCUUUGUUUUAUUUCGCGUGUGUUAUCAAUCCGGAAAGUGCAUUUCAAACAAGCUAAUCUAGGAAACGGUGGUUUGCGAACCUACAAGAUGGCCAAGUUUUUGAAGUCUAUAUUUCAUACUACGGAUCGGCGGAAGGCCCCUCAUUAUGAGCCGGAGUCUGAGGAUGAUAGAAGCGAGUCCCCUCAGAAUGGCACGAGGAGGCAGCUGUCUAUCUCUCGUUCUGGAAGGAUGAGACAAGCUAACAAGAAGAGACACUCUUUAACUCUGGAGCUUUAUGGAGAUACCAUCCAAAUUGACGCAAUAGAGAAGACAACGACCAGGGAGUACCACGUGAACACUCCGAGCCACACUGCACCGGCUGUUGUGGAAUCCCCAGUCAAAACUAGACUAGGUACGGUGGACAGAGAAGAUAGGUACCCUAAAUCUAUGUCCACUGAUAUCUCCACGUUUGACAUACCUCUAGACAAUGCUGUGAAACCUGUAGCCAAGGAAAUAUCUCCCGAUGAAGAAAUUGACAAUGCCUUUGAAAUUUUAGACAAGUCAUAGCAAUUUAGUCUUAGAUAUUAUUUGUAGUACGGCAGAGAAGAGUUCGUAGUUAAAUAAAAAUAGAACUAGAGUAAAGUAAGAACCUUUUCAUAAGCUCCGUUUACUAGGCGGUGAUGGAAAAGGCACUUAAGUCAUAUAUUACCAAUUUCUUGUUAAAUGCUAGCUCAAGAGAUUAGCAAGUUCAAGAAGUUGUGGCUCAUAUUGAUGAAAUGACACUGUCAAUGUAUCUAGUUGUAGAUGUAAUGUUUAUUUGUAUCUAAUCACAUUUAUAUGAUAUGUUUUAUAUCCUAUUGACGAUUUAAGCUAUAUGUUAAUAAGUGUAAGCUUUUGUGAUUAUUCUUAAUAGAUAUUCUGCUUUUAAAUACUUUUAAAUGAGAUUAUAUUUAGUUUUAAGUACUGUAGGUAAGAAGGAAUGAAUUGACCAUCCAGUGAGUAGGAAAAACUAUGUCAGAACAUAGUUUAGACGUUAUAAAAUGUUGACUGUGAUCUAAUGAAAUUGUAUUUUAAUACAUUUAAGUAGGUACGUAUACCGCAAUGUAAAAUGCUUUAAUGUAAGUUAAAUUAGUCUUAAUGUGACGUAAAAUCAGUAAUAAUAGCGUGGUUUUUUGUUUGAACGAACCAGCUGAUAACGUGAUUAAUAUUUUGAAAAUGAAAAUAAUACUUUAUCUUGAUAAUUAUAAUCGUGAUAUAAAAUCAUCGAUAGUUCUCCGGAUACAGCAAACGGUUGGUGAUUUUAAAAUGUUUUUUAUGUACAUACGUUUUGUUCAGUGAAGUAUUAUUUAUCUAUAUACCUAGUGUUUAUCUGAAGUAGGGUUCAACUGAUAUCUAGCUUUCCUAUGUAACGAUAUAUAUAGUGCAUAUACAUAAUAGAUAUUAGACUCUUAAAAUGUAGAUUGUUUUCGUAAAUAUCACUAGGAUCAACUAAAUCUUUGAGUGAGGGCCCCAAUCCGACAAGCGAGAGAGACCCACUAAAUACUCGCUACUUGUCUAAAUACUAACGUAGUGCGAACAAAACAUUAGGGUCCAACCAAAUUGAUCAGUAAAACUGUAAUUAUUUGCGACUUAUUCUGAUAAGUUACAUUUUUUAAUUGUGGUUACACUAGUGUGCGAAGCAUGCUUCGGUACAAGUGAGCCGGUUCAACCUGAAUGGUACCACGGCCUCACAGAAAACUGGCGUGGAAUAACGAUUGCGUUGUGUUAUUCGCCGUGUGAUGAGGUUGUUGGAGGCCCUCCAAAAGACAGGCAACGCAUUUGCAACUCCUCUGGUGUUGCGUGUGUCUAUGGCGCUAAUCGCUUACCAUAAGGUUAUCCGUUCGUUCAUUUGCCCUCUAUAAAAGAUAUCCUGUUACAUAGAAAUGUUUCUGUUUUAUAUUUAAUACGAGUCGACGUAUGUACCGCGAAUUAAUCGUAUUUUAAUGUGUGUGUUGUAUUGUAAUAUGAAGUGCUACCUACUUCUGUAAGAUUGUGUUGUUUUUGUAACCGAUAUCUACGUAUUUGCAUGAAAUAAAAGACUGAUUGUUGCAACAA